GAAAAGUUCAGGAAGGCCUAUUUUGUUUGUAUUUACGAGGGAGGAUGACAUCUCAUUUUUAUGACUGAUUUUGUCGGGGAAACAUCUUGUGUCAAGUUUCUAAAGUUUUUCAUGUCAGGACUAUAAUACAGCUAGCUGUUGGUCAGUGUUAAAGUUUAAAAGCUACUGCCUGCAAGUUACAGGCUACAGCACCAUGUGAUCAGCUAAACAUAAUUACACCAUGUGGAGCUAGCUGGGGAGUGUAAUUUCCAAGUACUCUACAAUAUAUAAAUAUAUCAUUUUCAUUAGGAUGGAAGACUCUUCUGUUUUCAUCACUGACACAGACCUACAACAAAAGAUUGACCAUGAAGUUAAGAUGCGAGAGGGAACAGCCAAGCUGUUGGCUGCAACCAAACACCCUGCUCAGAUGUUGGAAGCCGCCCGAAAUCUCCUUACGUCCAAUACUCGAAUCAUUGCCUAUAUGACAGAACUCCAGAAACGAAAGACAGCUGAAGUUCUUGGCAAAAAUAUGUCUAUGGAUGGUAACCAAGUCCCCUGUAAGUCAAGUCUUUGUGUGUCAGAUAUCCGAAUCCCUUUGAUGUGGAAAGAUACAGAUCAUUUUAAGAACAAGGGAGAUUAUCGCCGCUUUGCAGUAUUUUGUUUAGUGCGGAUUGGGACAGACCUAUACGAUACAUCUCUCAUUAGUAAUGUCGACAGGAGUAUGACUGACCUCUCUUUUGAUGAUGUCAUCAGUUUUGAUAAUGUUCCUCACAACUUUGAGUGUAAGUUAGAAGUGUAUUGUCACAAACUUCAUGAAGAUCUCACAAUUGCUAGCACACCAAAGAAACUCCGGAAGAAAAUCAACGAUAUUUCGGGUUCUGUCGGGCGAAGUGUUGGCAAACGACUAUCCGGAUUGAACGACGCAGACAUUAUAGGAAACAUGGUGUUGGGACCAAGAUUUGAGCUAGUAGCUGAAGGAACUAUGGAGCUGAAAGAUGUUGAUGAUUCCGUUAGGACCUUUGACCUCCAGCUUGUAUCAACCAAUCAAGCUGCAGAGUCUGGAUGUGAGAUUCCACUGUUUGGACACUACUGUUGUCGACUGGCAGCUCAGCCCGAUUGUUUAGUGUCACCAGAGGUCACAGGCUAUCUCAAUAUACAGGAGGACGAUGAUUUAGCCAAGUGGAGACGGUACUGGUGUAUGCUCAAAAACCUACAGUUGUCCUGCUGGUUGUCACCUAGCGACACAGAGGUUACAGAUCCACAGGUCACAGUACCUGUCACAAAGAACACUCAGAUAAGUGAUGCUGACCCACGGACAAGUGAGCGGUCACACACAUUCCACAUAAAGACUGUCCAGCGUCGUGGCACAUUUCAACAUACACUUGCAGCUGACUCAGCUGAAGACUUGAGUAAAUGGUGGGACGGACUACAGCAGCAUCUUCUCGAUCAAGCAUUCUGGAAGCAUGCCUGUGAACAUGUAAUGCCACUAAAGAAAGCUUCCCCAAGGAAGAAACCUGCCUUCUUAAGGAAAGGGUCACUUUACGAGGAUACACCUAUAGAAGAAACUGCACCAGCAAAAUCAACUCAUGUCAUCCGGGAUUUGGGGAUGGAAGAUGAUCAGCUCAGUAAGAUGUUACACACACUCAUGGGGGAAGCCAAACAGAUAAGGGGAGACGACUCUCGAAAAUCAUCAUCAGCCAGUGUGAGCUAGUUGUGGCUGAAACUCACCUUCAUCACAACAUUUCAAAAGUGCUAGAACUCCUGUGAUGUGUGAUUCCAGAAUUCUGAUUCUGGUUUAUAGUGAUUGUUUAAUCACGCCACUGGAAACAUGAAGCCUUGGGCAAUAUACAACUAUCACAGAAGUUUUGCAUCAGAAAAUCUCAAUCAGAGGUUUUCAGCAGCGGGCUUGAUAAUAUUUAUAUGGAAAAACCUGUGAGAUUCUGAAAAUCUCUGAAACAUAGCAUCGACAUAUACUUGUUUUGCUCACAAGAGAACAGAGAACAGGUGGACCUGUUCAUGUAAUGUACAUUUAACAUAUAAACCUUCCCAUCCCUGCUGGAAAAAGACAACACUAUAUAUAUAUAUAGACAUCUUGCCCCGUGUUGUGUCACAUUGUAUCAUUGUUAGAUAGGCAACCCACGUGAGACGCUGUAUUACCAUGUUAUCAGAUAAAAAGUGUCAUUCAUCUUCCAUAAAGCAGCAUUGUAAGUGUCUUAAAAACAUAGUUUUACAACUUAUAAUGAUUUUACAGAUAACCAAUCAUUUUAUUAUUUAUAACAAUUUUUUUUAAGUGUUUGCGUAUUCAUUUUUUUAUUCCAUCAAUUUUUGUUAAAGGCACUGGGUUUAUUGUUCAAAAUCAUGUGCUCCUCUGAUAGAUGUAAUUGGAAUAAAGCCAUGAUCCUGUUUAUUACUUUUAAGAAGGAAGUUUUGGGGCAGAAAUAAUGGCCUAUCGAAAUUGUCAGAUAAAAUCAGUGCAAUAGUGGAACUUUUCUCAUUAUGUCAUAUUGUUGGCAAGCAUGUGGUUGAUCUUUAUUAUUUGUGAAAUUUGUGAUCCUUGGCUAAAAAACUUCAUUUAAUGUUAAAGUAUUUGAGCUGCUUUGACAGCUGGUCCCCUCAUCCUAAUAUUUCUUUGUGACAGAGAAAAGUUGAUAUUCAUUUACAAUUCUACAGUAUUUGUUAUUUGUGUUACACAUGUGAAAAAUUCCCCUUGUGUGACUAAAUGCCGAUUCUGUUUUUUUUUUUUUUUCAUUCAGUAUAAUGUUUUGAAUAAAGAUUGAGCUGAAUAACUCCCUUUGUAUUGUCAUUGUUUUAAUCAUGGCAAACCGUUCAAAAUUGCUAUAAUUUGACAAAAUUUUUAAAAAAUAUACCCUCAUCUAUUCUCUAACAUAAAAUCAGGCUUAAAUUAAAACUAGAUAUAUUAAAUGAAAAUAAAAUGAUAAUGAAAAAAAAAUGACAAAAAUAUUGUACCAUUGUGUUGUAAAAUAUACUCGUAUGUGACAAUUAAGUAUCUAGUGCUGACAGAGAGGGAUAUAUAUAUUUAUUUACUUUUAAGAAAUUUUAUGUUUAUUGUUUUGUGUUUUGCCUUUGAUAUUCGGUAAAGAGAGUGUGAUGUGUUUUGAACACAAAUUUUCAUCUCGUGUUUAUUUUGCUCUUACAGCUCAAACUCAAAACAGAAAAUGGAAAAGUUUUAUUAUUUGAUAAGUCAGUAUUUCAAUCAUUUGAACCAAAAAACUGCUCAGGUUGGAGCAAAUCUUUUGUCCUAGAAAGAAGAAAUAGUUGUGGAAAAAACAAUACCCAGUCAUAAAAAGUAUGAUUACAAUAGAUGGGAGAAUUAUUGGAAGAUGGUUUCAGGUAAUACCUGGUAUUAUAUAAGUUUGUCAUUUUAGUUGAUAUUCAGAGUUAACUUUCUUUUUGAAACUGAACCGGGGAUGACAGGUAAACAUUUGUUUUUGUUCCCCCACCCCCUACCCCCAACCCACCUUUUUGUGUUCAAAAACCAAAAUUCAUGAAAUGAUAUAAAAAUGACUGAAUUCCCAACUGCAGGAAGAAACGGAUCAAAUACAAUCAAAGUACAGCAACAUUAUUCAUUGUACUUCAUUUUUAGUAUAUAUUUUCAUUCCCCACCACACCCUGCCCUGCCUUCUGCCACGCCCCGCCCCGUCCCGUCCCACCCUGCCCCCUGAGUGGUAGUUACUGUCUGUUAACAAUAGCAUCUGUUGAAUGCUAAAAUUGCUUGCAUACAUGCCUUGUUGAUGUACAAGAUGAAGAUAUUUUCUGUUUGUACUGUGAGUUAUUGUUCCAUACACAGUUGAGAGUUUAGUUAGGUGAGAGGAGGUGAUGUCGAUACACAUUGUUUUAUAAACUCCUAGUGUAACAUUGAACUAAGUUUACACUCUUUUGAACUCAAACAUUCAGAGCUUCACGGUGAAAAUCAGUCACACAAACUAACUGGAAAAUAUAGACAAUGUUGUAUAACACUGUUUACGUAGAUUUCAUUUUUUAUUUUUCUGAAACAACCUACAUUUAUACUAAAUUAAUGCCAAAUAUUAUUUUAUUCUAAUUGAACUUUUUCAAUUAAAUUUGUCUUCAAUUUAAUUAAUUUUUUUAAUCACAUUUUUUCCCUCUUGGUUGCCAGAUAAUAUUAAUUUUGUCAUUUUACCUAAAAUCAGUUUUACCUCGUUUUAUUUUAUACAUUUGAUUUACAAAGCAUUAUGGGACCACUGUGUGUUUGAUGUAAAAAAUGUCAAGAAAAGUUGUUCUCAAAGUUACACAGUUGUGAUAGAGUUAUCUACCAAUUAACUACUGUAUGCAGUUAAGAGUUGUCUUCAUUUCAAAUCUGUUAAAGCUAGGUCUAGAACUCUUUUAAGUUGGAGGUAAAAAAACCAGAGGUGUUACUCUCUACCUUAACAUGAUAAAAUGAUGAAUGCACCACCUACAAAUACCCAUCUUGUGUAACAAUAUCAAGUGAUCUGCAACAUGUCCAUUCAUAUUAUAUAAUGUUUUUGGUUUUUAAAUGAUAUCAGUAGAAUGGCAUUACUGCAACGUUAAAACACUAAAAUAGGUGUGUAUAUUUGUAGGAAUGACAUGUGAAGCGUAAUGUUUGUGUCUGAAUGUAUAUGAUUGUGUGCCAGAAUAUUAGAAAUUGUUAAUGAAAUAUACAUCCUUUUACACACUGUCUCAUAAUUUCAUACCUGGUGGGUUUUUUUUUUUUUUCUUCUGAUAAAAAUUCUUCAUUGUGUAACCAAGAUUUACAUACUAUUGUAACCACUACAUCAGAAAAAGUCAUUGAUAUAAAUUAAUAACUUUAACAAACCCAUUAAACAUUUAAUUAGGCAAUUAGAAUACAGAUAUUACCAUACUUUACUAUAGAUCUUGAUGCAAAAUCAUAGCACCGAGUCUCAGAGCUCAAAAUUUCUUCAUGGAGUGAACCAACCUUACUCAUUCUGAUUUAUUUGCACUUCAAACGAAGUACUCAAUUGAACCAGAUACCAAACAUGUAUGAAGUAUGAUUUAAGAAGUGUCUCUUUUUUAUUUUCAUACAGCAAGUUUCAUGAAAUUGUAAUUAAAUUAAAUAAUGGAAGUUUAAUGAUCUUUUAAUGACAUCAUUAAGUUGUAAUAUGUCUGGGUGUAUAAUGACAGUUUAGAAUGAUAGAAGGACAGAUAAAACUGUUCUUAUAUCAUAAUCUGUGAGUUAUACAAAAGAUCUACAGCAAGUUUAAAAUCACAAGUUUUCCAUUUAUAAAUCGCAAUACUUGAAGCAAUAUAUGUGUACACUGUACUUACGUUCAUUUCUGUACUGAAGCUGAUGGUAUUGAACACCAUGUUCAUUUCUGUACUGAAGUUGAGAGUGUUGAACACCAUGUUCAUUUCUGUACUGAAGUUGAUGGUAUUGAACACCAUGUUCAUUUCUGUACUGAAGUUGAUUCUGUUGAACAACAUGUUCAUUUCUUUACUGAUGUUGAUGGUGUUGAACACCAUGAUCAUUUCUGUACUGAAGUUGAUGGUAUUGAACACCAUGCUCAUUUCUGUACUGAAGUUGGUGUUGAACACCAUGUUCAUUUCUGUACUGAAGUUGAUGGUGUUGAACACCAUGUUCAUUUCUGUACUGAAGUUGGUGUUGAACACCAUGUUCAUUUCUGUACUAAAGUUGACGGUGUUGAACACCAUGUUCAUUUCUGUACUGAAGUUAAUUCUGUUGAACAUUGUGUUCAUUUCUGUACUGAAAUUUAAUUGUGUUGAACACCUUGUGUAUUUCUCUGCAGAAAUUUAUUCUGUUUAACCAAUAUCGAUCUUGGAAUGCUUGUACAGGUUGUAUAACAAACAGAAGAUAAAAAUCAAUCUUCCUGAAUAAUUUUUUAUUGAUUAUGAAAUAAAUACAAUAUAUUGAUAUGAUUUCUUGUGGCCAGUAGUUAGGUAAUUUGGUGUUAUAGCUGAUAUGUUUGUCAUGAAUGCCGGUUGCGAUAUUAAUUAUCAAACCUUGAUAUUUUUUGUUCAAUUUUCCAAUUGAUAUUUUGAUCUCCUUUUAAAAUAAGUUGUUAGCUCUAAAACAGAAUACCUGCUUUACUUUGACGCUUUAAACUGUUAUAUGACUAUAAAGAACUAACUCCAUGUUCUGGUGAUUAUUAUAAUACACCUUGAUAAAUAUGUCAUCUUCAUACUCACUCACUUGUCACAAAAACAUUAA